AACUGGCGUGGUUGAACAGCAGCAAAACGACUCUAUAAUCACCAUCAAUGCAUAGUGAGGAUGAUCUAAUUGCUCGAGCACACAACCAGGCCACGACACAGCAAAUCACGACCAUUACGAAGGUCGUCCGCGAGGUGAAACAGUUGGGACCGGAUGCUGGACAACCGUUCGACUAUGUAGCAAUGCCUCUAGACAUGGGAACCGACGGACAACCAAUCGACUACGUGUCGAUGCCGAUGGGUAUGUACACGACCCGGACGCAGUACUUGAACUUCAACCACAUGGACCAACCGGAACAGAUGGUGGGCGGUCCACCGCAAUCGCAUCUACCGCCGGGCGCCAAAGUAAUGGGCGUAGGCGGUGGUGGUGGUGGGCCCGGCGUACCCCCCGGUGCGCUGGUCGGUGGUGGUGGUGGUGGUGGAGGUGGUCAGGGACACUAUCAGGAUUAUGAGCAUUACGCGCAGUACACGGAUGCUGGAUAUGAUCUCGGGCAGGCGGCACACCAUCCGGGCCACGCACAGUCGUACCUGGGCGAGUAUCAAAUGAAUGACCGUUCGAACACACCGCACACGUCGAGCGAAAACAGUGAAUCCUCCAUUCCGAUGCCGAUGAGUGUACCGCAGAUGGGUAAUCCGUCGGCAAACAUGAUGGGUGGUCCGGGUGGCUACCUGCAGGGACAGUACGACGAGAUGGGCGAGUACGUUAUAGCACCUUCCCAGGGUGGUCCGGUUGAUCGGCUUUAUCCGGACAAUCCAUCAGCCAUGGUGUAUGGGUACGUGUCGACACCACCGUACGGUACGAUCAGUUCGCACAUGGAUCCAAAUGGUGGUGUUGGAGAGCCAACGUACGCCACGAAGCAACAGCUUGCGUACGAAGCGGCCGCUGCACAGCAACGAGCGGGCGGUGGUGGUGGUGGUGUGGUAGGAAACGUUGCCCCGGAUGGGUCGUGUUACUACGACGGGGAUGAUGAUCUGCACCAGCAGCUUUCGAACCUGCAGAUACAUAAUCACGUGUUUUUACAGCACAUAAUCACAUCCCCGGGCGGUAACAAUCGGCCCGGCGUGAGCGGUCCUUCGAACGGUGGUGGUGGUGGUGGCGGCAUGCCGGACGGUAGUGGCGGUGUGGUAGAUAUGGACGAGCAGCGUCAGAUGAAGUGGCGCGAUCCGAACCUUACCGAGGUGAUCGGAUUCCUCAGCCAUCCGAACAACGCGAUCAAGGCGAAUGCGGCCGCCUAUCUGCAGCAUCUGUGCUAUAUGGACGACCCGAACAAGCAGCGGACGCGCACUCUCGGUGGCAUUCCGCCGCUGGUGAAGCUGCUCGGGCACGAAAACACCGACGUCUUUCGGAAUGCGUGUGGCGCGCUGCGGAAUCUGUCGUACGGACGGCAGAACGAUGAAAACAAACGUGCAAUUAAUGCGGCCGGCGGUAUUCAGGCGCUGAUCCAUCUGCUGCGCCGGACGGCCGAAUCCGACAUCAAGGAGCUGGUAACGGGCAUUAUCUGGAACAUGUCGUCCUGUGAAGAUCUGAAGCGCUUCAUCAUCGACGAUGCGGUUGUGGUGAUCGUGUCGUACAUUAUAAUUCCUCACUCCGGCUGGGACCCGACCAAUCCGGGCGAAACGUGCUGGAGUACGGUGUUCCGCAAUGCGUCCGGCAUACUGCGGAACGUUAGCUCUGCUGGGGAGUACGCGCGGAAGAAGCUGCGUGAGUGCGAAGGGCUGGUGGAUUCGUUGCUGUACGUUAUAAGGAUAGCGAUCGAGAAGUCCAACAUUGGCAACAAGAUCGUCGAGAACUGUGUGUGCAUUCUGCGCAAUCUCUCAUACCGGUGUCAGGAGGUGGAAGAUCCUAACUACGAUAAAAAUCCUAUUCCCCAUCACGGUUCAGACGGUGGGGUAAGCGGAGGAUCGCACAGUGGUAGCGGUGGUGGUGGUGGUAUUGUUGUGAGCGCCGCAUCUUCCAAAGGUGAAAAUCUGGGCUGCUUCGGGGCGAGUAAAAAGAAGAAAGAACAACAGGCAGCGGCAGCCGCCGCACAGCAGCAGGCGGCAGCGGAUAAGGACCACUCAAGUGCGAACGGUGAUCCGGCACGCAUGGCGUACAAAAACACUGCACAUUAUAAAGGAGCCGAACAGCUGUGGCAACCGGACGUUGUACAUUCUUAUCUUGCCUUACUGCAGAGCUGUUCGAACCCGGAAACGCUCGAGGCGGCGGCUGGUGCGCUGCAAAAUCUGGCCGCCUGCUACUGGCAGCCGAGCAUAGAGAUCCGGGCGACGGUGCGCAAGGAGAAGGGACUGCCGAUACUGGUCGAGCUGUUGCGCAUGGAGGUGGACCGGGUGGUGUGCGCGGUGGCGACGGCCCUUCGCAACCUAGCAAUCGACCAAAGAAACAAGGAGCUGAUUGGCAAGUACGCAAUGCGCGAUCUGGUGCAGAAGCUCCCGUCGGGCAAUCCCCAGUGCGAUCAAGGCACGUCCGACGAUACGAUAGCGGCAGUGUUGGCCACACUGAACGAGGUGAUCAAGAAGAAUGCAGAGUUUGCCCGUUCGCUGCUGGAUGCGGGUGGCGUAGAGCGGUUGAUGAACAUGUCGCGGCAAAAGUCGAAGUAUACGCCGCGUGUGCUUAAGUUUGCCAGCCAGCUACUAUUUACGAUGUGGCAGCAUCAGGAUUUGCGCGACGUGUACAAGAAGCACGGCUGGAAGGAGCAGGACUUUGUGACGAAAACGAUAGCGUCGCGAAAUCUGAACAGUAGCAAUGGUGGGGCCGGUGGCAGCUACAGUGACAAUUCGCCCAACUCACCCAACAACACCCUCAACCGUCCGAUGGCAUCGCAGAGCGGUACCAGGUACGAGGAUCGCACCAUGAAACGUCAGCAGGGAUCGUCGUCGUCGUCAGCUAACAAUGGUGGCCAGGCCAUGUCUUUACCUCCGGGGGAUGGUACCAUUAAGAUGGGAAGAUGAAUGAACAAGCUAUCAGACACAGGGUACUGAUAGCCCCUUAGUGUGCGA